CUGUGGAGUCAGGGGGAGGGGCAGAGCUGGCUGUUGCCUCACUUUCGCUCUUCUCUGUUAUAGAAAGGGUUUGGUUUCAAAGGCAGCAAGUUCCACCGCGUGAUCAAGGACUUCAUGAUCCAGGGAGGAGACUUCACCCGGGGAGAUGGCACCGGAGGGAAGAGUAUCUAUGGCGACCGUUUCCCUGAUGAGAACUUCAAGCUGAAGCACUACGGACCAGGCUGGGUCAGCAUGGCCAAUGCUGGCAAGGACACCAACGGCUCCCAGUUUUUCGUCACCACUGUCAAGACCCCCUGGCUAGAUGGCAAGCAUGUGGUGUUUGGCAAAGUCCUGGAAGGCAUGGAUGUGGUGAGGAAAGUGGAGAACACUAAAACCGAUGGCCGAGACAAGCCCCUGAAGGAUGUCACCAUCGCUGACUGCGGCACCAUUGAAGUGGAGAAGCCCUUUGCCAUUGCCAAAGAGUAAUGUGUCCUGGCCCAGUGAUGAGGCGGGGCCCAGUGCUGUCAGGGCCCUGCUGCAGAGGGCUGUGGGCCUGGGCUGAGGGACUGCCAUGCUUAUUGGUAACCCUCAUAUUUAGUUGCCCUCUUCCUUGUGUCACCUGGGCAGGUGAGCAGCAGCUAUGCUGCUGAGCCUUCCAGCCCCACCCUGUUGCCCAGGACCUCCCUGCUCUGUACCCCCACUACAUCCUGUCCAGCCAGCAAGCGGGGGUGGGGAGGUCUGGCUUGGGCUUCCCAUCAUUUUUUGUAAGAAGCACAUGCACCAAUAAACGUGACCAAUGUGUUUUUAUA